CAUGCACCUGUUGAGUGAUUAGAUAAAGAAAGGCUCCUUGAAUUGUUAAUUGAAAAAAAAUUUUAAUCCCUGGCUCAAAUGUAGCUGUGCAUAGGUAGGUACAUUAUUGUCUGUUCCGGUUUUCAGUUCCAGUGUGGAAGGAAGUGGUACGUGGGUACACAUUUCUGGGUGCAGUUUUGGCUUGCUUAGCCCACAGCCCAGGGGACAGACUGUACCUGUCUGUAUAGCUCUGCCACAUCAGGGGUGGAGGCACCAUUGUCACAUAACAUCUGCAUUGACUGAGCUCUUUUGCAGAUACAGAGCUUCCUUCUCAGUCCUGUAGUCUUCCAAAGCUGAGUUCAUUUGGAGGGAUUUGUAGCAGAUGGCUAAUUGGUGGAUGCACAGGAUUCUUGCUUUAAAUUUAAAAGCAAACAAAACCCACAAGGAUAAGAAAAAUAAAAACAAGCCUUGGUUCAAGAUACUGUGUUCAGCAUCCCACCCUGAUGAGGGGAAUGUUGAUCAGUGGAUACUCUUACAACAGUGAUGUACUUGGGGUCCUCUAGGGAAAAAUAAUGCAAUUUGUUUGUUGAGCACAUGCCUGUCUACCAGUCCUGGCAGAUGUUCUACCUCUUGGCUGCCUUUUUGACGAGACCUGAAGCUGAUGUGGAACGGAGGAUGCCAAAUACAGCACUGUGGCUUCAGACAAGGGCAGCAGGAGCAGAAUGUUUCCUUGAUGUCUGACAGUCUCAAGAAGACAAGACUGAGUGUAUGUAGCUCUCUUGGUGGUAGAUCAAGUGUUUCUAAUCUUACAGUGUCUUCUGAAAUUUUUAAGCUAAACUGGUUUUGGUUUGGGAUUUUUUGGUGUGGUUAUACUGAUAGAAGGGCCAAAUAGUGAGAUAAUCCAAAUUGUUGAGCUAAUGCUGUAAAGUGUGGGAAUUUUGAGGAUAUGUGUCCUAUUUCUUUGGCUCUGUACAAUUGGGCAGCUAUAUACUGAUAUAAAAAUGAUCUGUAUACAUGGGAUUAUACAGACGAUUGCUCCAUACUAUGUUUCUGAGUUUAAGCAAAGCUUCAAAAUGUUUGUCUUACUACUGAUUGUUCCCUGUAUUCAAAUCUUACCUCUUCUUACACAUGUUCACCUUUUAUAUGGUGUUAUACUUCCUAACAGUAAGGGAAUUUCCCAAAAUUAUAGUAGAAUGCAGAUUAAAUUUGAGGGUGUUAAGCUAACUAAUGUGUCCUCACCUCUAAUGGAGACAAAUCCAUCAUGAGUUUCCUCUUAAUAAAUGCUCUUCUUCUGUGUUCAAAAUGAAGCUGUGAAAAUUUGCUUAUGCCUUGAUGGUGAAUAUUUACCUAAAUUCUAGGUGAUUGUUAUAUUUUGGCAUUAAAGUAUGAAAUGCCAAUAAAUGAAAAUACUGCUUUAGUAAACUGUAGCAGAAUAUAUACAGGAAGUAAACAAAGUACGCUCCUUAUACUUUUUCAGGUAAUCUGGACGUAUUCAAUAACACUUUGAAAAUUUCUAGCCCUUGGUGCCAAGUUUUGUUGCCAUCAUAGCUGUGGUGUGGGUGGAAGAGCCCAACCAGAAAAGAGCAGAUCUAACUGUAAGCUACUUUGCAUGUUGUCAAUUGACUAUAAAUUGCAGCAGUCAUUGACUCAGCGGAACAAGCGACACAAUUCAGGUAAGAGACUUGCUUGCUGUAUCUUCAUUGAAUAUCAGUGAUUUUGUAAAUCACCUCUACCAGCCAUUCAUUAGCAAUGCUUCCAUAGCCCUUUAAUGAACUGAACCCUGUUUAAUAUGAUCUCUUAUUUAAUAAGGUGUAAGAAAAAUGGAACAUUAAUUUUUUUUUUUUUUAAUAUCGUUCAGAUAUUUUCAGGUAUUCAUCACUCUUAAAAUAGCACGUCUUGUUUCCUUGGAUUUUACUUCCAUCUGAAGAUUGGUGAGUCUCUGGUCUAAGAGGAAAAUGUUCCUAACGCAUUUUGCACUUUGUGCAGGUGGUAAGGCAGCAAGUAACUGUUUUAUGUAAUGCUGUUGUGCAGCAGAAGUAUCAGUACUAAGCAACAAGUACUGCAGGUAUCUCUUCUUGAGGAGUUGUGUUGGUUUUGAUUUCUUGCUCUGUAGUGAUGUUUUGCUGUAAAUUUUUGUUGCUGUGUAGCAGACUUUUUCCUCAGGCGUGUUUUUAGGUUGUCAGCAGUAGAAAGUUUUUAGACAAUAACCUGUGUAAGUAGAAAAAGGAAAGGUGACUUGCUGCUGUUUUGAUUUUACAAUGAGCGUAUAUUCACCUCUUAUUUUUUUGCAUAUAUAUUAAUGUGAAAUGGGUAUGUGUUCCUGUUUAAGUAAGUACCUGUUUAAGACGCAUGUGACUUUCAGUCAUGUCUAACAGCCUGCUGUAAAUGAAUUCUUAACUCAUAGGAUUUCUGUUGUGAAACUUGUGUGCAUUAGAAUAAGAGACAACACUGCGGUCAGAGGCAUUUUCUUAAAAUAUAUUGUGAGGACAGGUCCAUACUGAGUAAAAAUUCUCUCUGUAUAAACAUGAAGUCAUUAGAAAACAUUACAAUAUCCCCAUAUCCUUUUGAAGGAUUCAGGGGAUCCCAUUUAUGUUAUGAAACUGUGAUGGGAGCCUUUGAAGCUUUGCAAGAUUUUUGUGAGUAUGGAAUCUAGAUGUGUCUAGUAACCUAGCUGAAUGUUCAGGUGUGCUUUCCUUUUUAGAGGAUGUAAUAUAACUUAAGUGCUUUAGACAGCAAUGUAUUGAUGAGCAAGUGGAUGGUGAGUAAGACCAUUUUUGGAUAAAUUCUGUGUAGGUAAGUAUUGCCUUCAAGCUGUGAGCUCACAGUAAUUCUUUAAAAAUUAACUAGUUAUUUCAAGUGUAUUUUAAGUAGUUAUUAGGUGACAGUCAUUACAUCAUCAGCACUUAUGCUGAUAUUUAGCUGUUCGAAUAAUGAUAUUGAGAAGACGUUUUAAUGUAGCUUCCUAUAAACCACUGCAAGAUUAUCUUUGUAAUAAAUAUGAAAGGGUGAUUUAAAUAGUUAGACCUGCUGUAAUGCUGCUCUGAAGAGAGGAGAAUAUGAGGUUUUAGUAGGCCAGUCUGAGUUACAGCAGUGCCCCAAGAACUGUGUGAAGUCCUUUCUUAGUAUUACUAGGACAUACAUUUUCUCUUUUAAUUGAUUAUUUCAUAGUCCUCUAUCAAUAGGAUUGUAUUUAGUCUUUCAUAUCUGUGUUUAAUCUGCAGGUGAGUGAGGACCCAAGGAGAUGUUAGGCUUAGCAAAAAUUCUCUCUUCUUUCUAAAUUCUCUAAACUUCUUUUAAACCUUUAUGUGUUGAGUGGAUGUAAUACCUGACAGACAUGAAAUUAAGAUUGAGAUCCAUUCUCUGCACAAGUUUUUAAUCUCUUUAAGAUAGUGUGGUGAAUGAGACAUUAAAUAAAUAGAGAGAAAAAAUGAUUUGACUUUGAAGGCUUUUUUGUAUGAAUAUGGAGUCUUCUACUGGAAUUGUAGAUUUAAUUUUUUUCAAGAGGAGAAGGGGUUGGAAAGAAUGUCUCAGAUGUUGACCUGCUUUGUCUAUAUUCUGUAGAGAUGUUAAAUGCAGAACCUGAUGGAUGGCAAAAGCUGCUGUAACCUCGUCUGUGCUGAGACACAGCGCAUACCACUGGCCCGGCCUUUCUGUGCAGACCCACUGGUCACGUUCCACGUGUACCCAGAAACACCAAACCAGGUCACUUGCUCCGAAGAUUUGUCAUUCCUUCCUUUCAUGUCUGAGCAUCUCAUCACGGAGAACUUCUACAGUGAGCCCUGUACCUUUCCCUACCAAAUGCCCCGUUCCAAUUUCCACAGAAGUGAGUACUCCUACGGGCCAGCUUUCAUCAGGAAGAGGAAUGAGAGGGAAAGGCAGCGGGUUAAGUGUGUCAAUGAAGGCUAUGCUAAGCUGAGGCAUCACCUGCCCAAGGAAUACUUGGAGAAACGGCUCAGCAAGGUAGAGACACUCCGUGCUGCAAUAAAAUACAUUAGGUACCUGCAGUCCGUUCUGUGCAGUGAUUCUGUGGUGGCAGGAAAAAAUGUCACAGAGCCAAACCAGGCACCUAAAGCAGUCAACAAACAGAACCAGCUUUUGCAGGCGAUCUAAAGUGUUCCAGACCAAGCAAAAGGUGCCGUGUCUGGGAACGUGGUAGCCACUCCAUUAAUGACGUGCGUGUUCCUGGGCAUAUCUUGGGAGCAGCUCGUAGCACACGUCAGUGUCAGCCCACACAGGAGCUUUAGUUUUGCAGAUAGUAACUACACUUAGAUACGAAAAAGACCACUUGGAAAAUCUCAGCUGAAUGACCUAAGUUAAUUCAUGAAAAUCAGGAAAUGUUUCUAAAUUUGUCAACAAGCUAAAAAUGUAACACCUCUAUGUGCGAAGUAACUGUAUGUAUCAUCACAAUCUGCUUGCUUUAAAAUAAAAUCUUCCUAAU